UAUAUGGGCGGCGGCGGCGGCCGGCCCGCCGGUGGUCGGCGGCGGAGCGAGCAGGAGCGACAGCAGCGGCGCUAUCAUGGAGUGCGGGCGGCAAGUGGCGAACUUUGGGGCCGGGCCGGCGAAGCUGCCGCGCUCCGUAUUAUUAGAAGCACAGAAAGAAUUGGUGGACUACAAGGGACUUGGUAUAAGUGUUCUUGAAAUGAGCCAUCGGACUGCUGAUUUCACAAAAAUUUUAAAUACAGCUGAAAGUCUCUUGCGUGAAUUGCUAAAUAUACCAGAAAACUACAAAGUCAUUUUCCUCCAAGGAGGUGGAUCUGGUCAGUUCAGUGCAGUCCCACUUAAUCUUAUCGGUUUAAAGGAGGGAAGACAUGCAGAUUAUGUGGUUACUGGAGCUUGGUCAGCAAAAGCAGCUAAAGAAGCAGAGAAGUAUGCCAAAGUGAAUAUUGUUCAUCCAAAACUAGGAGCCUAUACAAACAUUCCUGACCCAAGUACAUGGAAUCUUAAUCCAAAUGCAUCUUAUGUCUAUUACUGUGCUAAUGAGACUGUUCAUGGUGUGGAGUUUGACUUUGUACCUGAUGUCAAAGGAGCAGUCUUAGUUUGUGAUAUGUCCUCAAACUUCCUGUCCAGACCUGUGGAUGUUUCCAAGUUUGGAGUGAUUUUUGCUGGUGCUCAGAAGAAUGUUGGCUGUGCUGGAGUUACUGUUGUAAUAGUACGUGAGGACUUGCUGGGAUUUGCACUGAAAGAAUGCCCUGUAGUACUGGAUUACAAAACACAAGCAACGAACGGCUCUUUGUAUAACACUCCACCAUGCUACAGUAUUUAUAUCAUGGGAUUGGUACUGGAAUGGAUAAAGAACAAUGGCGGAGCUGCAGCUAUGGAUAAACUUAGUUUAAUCAAAUCACGAAUGAUUUAUGAUAUUAUAGACAAAUCUAAUGGAUUCUAUGUGUGUCCAGUGGAGAAAAAGAACCGAAGCAGAAUGAAUGUCCCUUUCCGUAUUGGCAGUAUCAAGGGUGAUGAAGCACUGGAAAAGAAGUUUCUUGAGAAGGCUGUGGAACUUAACAUGAUAUCUCUGAAAGGGCAUCGAUCUGUGGGAGGAAUCCGUGCCUCUUUAUAUAAUGCAGUGACUGUAGAAGAUGUUCAGAAGCUUGCAACAUUCAUGAGAAGCUUCAUGCAGAUGCAUCAGUCAUAAAUGCCCAUGGGCUGGAGCCGUGCUGCGCAUCUAUGAAAUAAAAGCUAAAGGGUUUGAAAGUUACUGUGGUACUACACAGCUGUAGCACACAAGUUAUAUUUUCUUUUUGUUCCUGUAGCUAUUUUAGUUAACUGCAUGGGAUUGAUGCCCAAUCUUGCAAUUGCUUGGCAGCCUUGGCCUCACUGAAGGUGAGGAUCCCCAGACUCAUCAAGAUUGGUUCCAAAAUUUGCAAAACAGUAUUCUUAAUGUGUAGUUAAAACAUGAAUAGCAUUAUAAGAUGCUAUGGGUCUGAAUCCGUUUCAUGCUUCUAAUCAAAAAUGACUUCUUCAGUGAUGCCUCGUUUUCAGUAAACUUCAGGAGGCAACAUUUGUCAUAAGCUUUUUGUAAUGAUUUACAAAUAGUCUGACCGCACAGUGAAGCGAGAACUAACAUCAAGUGUUCUCUAGCAAUAUCUAGUUGGUUUAUCAGAUAUAUUCCAACAUUAUACCACCAGCAAUAUUUAGGAGUUAAUAACUGUGUUCUUAACUUGAGGACCUUGCCUUCAGCCUUCUGCUCCCAUGCUUAAGUAUUAGCAUAAGUUCCUUCUAGUAAUACACAUUAUGGUUAAAGUCUCUGUAGAACUGAGCCUUUUUUCAUAUUAUCAUUUAUUGGUUUAAAGCUAAGAUACAUGAGCCUGUAAUUAAAUCAAUUUAUAAGAUUUUUAUUUGGCUAUGCAUUUUGUAUGUUAAACUUCUCUAGGUUAUUAAUUUUAGAUUCUUAUUUUGGAGUGUGUGUAUUUUGCUUCUACCAAAACCUUGUUUUUAAUUUGUUAACCUUGUGCCAAACUGGAUUGCUCUAUUCUGCUCAAUAGGUCUGUGGCUUUCUCUGCACUGACUUCCUAGCCAAAAGUGCAGCAGACUUUCUUGUCUGGAGCUUCUUAAAUGUCUUCUGUUUCUAAUAGCUCUAGUAUUUUCCCCGCCUCUUCAUUGCUUCAGUUCUGUAGCUUUCUGUCUGUGGAGUUUUGCCCAGCUGCAGUAAAUACAAGUUUUGACUUCUGUGCCUUUUCCUGACACUACAUGACACUUCUUGUCCAGCUUUCUUACUUGAUCCCUCUGGCUUAUUCCAGCCUUUGGUAUUUUGGGCUAGAGAAUGAACUGUGGUAUGCGAAGGUCUACUGUAGUACCGUUGAGGUGCUUUUUUCCUUCUCAGCCUGUGAAUUUGCUGCCAAUGACCAUAUAGUGACAUUAGCCUCCUAUUGUAAUGUAUGUGGAAGCUAUCUGCUAGUAUCAUAGUGUUUAGUAUUACUGCAGCUGGUUUCAGAUUGUAAACUCUCUGGUACAGGAUUGAUAUUUUUUGAUUUUUAUGUAACACUAGUACACUGGUAACAAUUAUAAUAAUGGCCUGUCCCUUUCUUGGUGGAACUUCACAGCAAGUUAGUGGAUUUGUGCUAGGCUUGAGUUACAUUCCUAUCCGAAAAGUCAUCAUUUUAUGACUACUGUUUUGAGAUUUCUGUCAACUUAGUGUAACUCAAAGUAAUUAAACAAAUCAGAUGAAGAAAAUAAGACUUAAUCACAGCAUGCUGUGAAGUACCAGUGUUUCUGAAGCUUUUGGUUUUCUCACUUUCAGAAGGAUGAGAAGUCAUGCAUAAUGUGUAUUAAAAUUUUAGAUUCCAGUAUCAUCCUUUUCCCUAAAAAGUAAGCUUUCCUCAUCUAUGUUUUCUCUCUGAAAAUUUUCUUUCCUACAACUAGCACAGAAACAAGAGUAUGAAAAGGCUUUGAGAACCCUUUUUGCCCUGCCAAUCAUGGAGAUCUAAUUCAGAUUCCAUAUUAAGCUUUUUAAUUUUCUAAAAUUCUACUUUCUCCAAACUUUGUGUACUUGUUUUUAACAGUAGCUGUGAUUAAAAAUCCCUCUUUCCAAAAGUUAGUCAAGCUUUCUAUUUUAUAAUAGCCUUGUGUUUGCCUUAGCAUGCACACUUUUAUAUGUGAUUACAAAAAAGCUUGCACCUGCUGUAUGCAGCUGGUUCAUGAACCAACAGGGAACCUCUUUGCUGCUUCUGAAUUGUGCCUAAUAUCUUGUCAAUUAAAGACUUUUUUUAACCCAGAAAUGCAAUAGUUGUUUAACAGCAAAAUGCAGAGUGAAGACUACAAUAGCAGGUAGUGAUUGACUGAAUAUCAUGUGAGGGGGAUGCAGGAAUGCUGGGAAGACUGUAGCAUGUGCUGAAUGAAUUAGUUACUUGAUUUGUUUCAGACUUAACCAUGUUGUACCCUUCCAGGCUGCAUCCCUGAAGAUGUAAUCAAGGUAUUGAGCCAUGAUGGAUGGAGAAAUCCCACUUUUUCCUCAUCAGAUUAGGAGGAGGAAUUUCAGCAGAGGUUGCUGAGAGUCCUGGUCUGUUUCCCUUACGUCAGCACUUCCAAACUGGGUAAAUAAUUGCAGUGUUUGGAAGCAGGGGCUCUCUUUGUGCGAUAGGAAUGUUCCUAAGGCAUUCAAAGGUGUUAAAAUAGAAGUAAAAUAUCUGAGUUUGUGCAUGUAGAGAGGGCUCUGUGAGAUGAGCUCUUCUCAAUGAACAGUGCUUUUGAUUCCCCUUCUAGUGAGUUGUCUCUAUUCCCUCUCCUGGUUCUUGUUCUUGUGUUUGAUUUCACAAAAGCAGCUACUGCUGUUUUCUUUAGUUUGUGGUAUGGAAGUCCCUGGCCACCGUCUCUUCCAGGCCUGGCCUAAAAAGAGAAAGCUGCUGAGGAGGUUGUGCACUCCCUCUCUUCCUGCUCUGCACAGUGAGUAGUGCUUUAGCCCAGGUGAGAAGAACUGUAGAUCAGGAAGGUACCCUGUCACAGGAGACUGUUGCUUGUCAACAAUAGGGUCUUUCUGUGGCAAUUGUGAUGCCAUCUCUAAACCUGGCACAAAAGAAUUAAAUAAGAAUUAGAAGUCUGGAUUGCUGCAUCCUUAUUCUAAUUCUAGUGGGGAUAAAUAAUUCAUGUGGACAACAGUGUGGACAGUCCUGACGGUGUGUCAGCUGACACUCUGUAGUUAUAUUUUCUUCCUUUUUUGUUUACUCCUGUUUUUCUUUUCAACUUGUAACUGGCUUAAUAUUUUCAGAUGUACCUGGGGAUGUUUGGAUGUAAAAAGUUUUAGCCUAUUCUUGACUUUCAAAUAAAUGUUUGGAUGAAACAGGAAUAAAAGACAUCAUACA